CCUCAUCACUUCCUCCAUACCAUCGGAAAUUCUUACAACCGCUUUCUCUCUCUAUAACGUUCACUUUCUCUCUCCUUCGCACGGUAAUGGCGCUUCGUAGAACCCUAACGAAGCGCCUAUUCAACUGUAAAAACGCCGACUCCGCUGAUGCAGUCAUCUCAUCACUCCAACACUCUCCGGCUGCGGCCGGAAACCGCCUAGCUCCGGAGAGUGCUGCCAGACUGAACUUCCACAGAGAGCUUCUCACGUCGCCGGGCGGAACGGUCGGUGGAUUUUCCCGGCGGUUCCUCCACAGGAGAGCGAUCAACCAAGCCUCAAAACCGCCGGAUUUUUCCUCGGUUCCAGUCGGAGAUAAGCUGAGAGAAAAGUUAUGGCUGAUUAACAUUUCCGGCGAUAGACUCCGCCUCGACGGACUCGUUCCCCCUCCGCCGGUUCCGGAAGACGUGAUCGGAGGAAUUUCAGUUAACGAUGCGAGGAAGAUUCUAAGGUCUUAUCAACUGCAGAAGUUGAUAUUGAGGAUCAGAGAAAUUCCGGUUAACUCCGUCUCGUAUUCGGAGUUCGUUCAGAUUUGCGGCGAAGUUUGUAACAAUAGAGAGCAAGGUCUGGAGUUCGCAAAGACGUUGGAUCAAUCCGGCAGCGUUAUUGUUCUCGGCGACGUCGUUUUGCUCCGCCCCGAUCAGGUAGCAAAAUCUAUGGAAAAAAUGAUUUCUGAAUCAAUCGCGAUGCCAAACGACCCGAGAAGGAACGAGCUUGAAGUGAUGGAGAAGCAAAAGGCCAUGAUAGACCAAAAGGCCCAAUCAUUAGUAAGAGGGGAGCUAUAUUGUGGGCUGGGCUUUCUUGCUUUGCAAACAUUGGGCUUUAUGAGGCUGACUUUCUGGGAGCUAAGUUGGGAUGUGAUGGAGCCCAUUUGCUUCUUCGUGACCACCCUUCACUUUGGGCUCGCCUAUUCCUUCUUCCUAAGGACAUCCAAAGAGCCCAGUUUUGAAGGGUAUUUCCAGAGGCGAUUCAAAACCAAGCAACAAAAAUUAAUGAAGAUUCAUAAUUUUGAUGUAGAAAAGUAUAAUAAGCUCAGGAAUGCGUUCUACCACAUGGGUGAUGAUUAUCACCUUACUCCUGCUUGAGUGUACAUAUAAUCAGUUUUCAAGCUAUAAACACCAUUACAAGUAUGAAAAAUAUAACCAAAUUUCAACUGUUUGAAUUUUUU